GGGUCCCGCCUAUUUUCUGCUCCGCUGGAGCUUUAGGCUCGUCUUGGCCCAUUUGAAGACCAGGAAGUUGAUAAAUCGCGAGGCCCGCUGCUGAGAGACGGUGGCUCGGGUGGAACAAUCGCCAGGGAUGGCGGAGCGUAAGGAUGGAGCGGGUGUCCGGGCUGCUUUCCUGGACGCGGAGCAGAGUCCUGUGGCUCUCCGGCCUCUUUGAGCGGGGAGCUGCCCGGCAGCCCCGGAUCAUGGAAGAGAAAGCGCUAGAGGUUUAUGAUUUGAUUCGAACCAUCCGGGACCCAGAGAAGCCCAAUACCUUAGAAGAACUGGAAGUGGUAACCGAAAGUAGUGUGGAGGUUCAGGAGGUAAACGAAGAAGACUAUUUGGUUAUUAUCAGGUUCACGCCAACAGUACCUCACUGCUCUUUGGCAACCCUUAUCGGGCUGUGCUUAAGAGUAAAACUUCAGCGGUGUUUACCGUUUAAACAUAAGUUGGAAAUCUACAUUUCGGAAGGAACCCACUCAACGGAGGAAGACAUCAACAAGCAGAUAAAUGACAAAGAGCGAGUGGCAGCUGCAAUGGAAAACCCCAAUUUACGGGAAAUCGUGGAACAGUGUGUCCUUGAACCUGACUGAUUGCUGUUUUAAGAGCCACUUAACUUUGUUUGAGGGAGACAGAAUCCCAAGCAUGCUCCACGAUAUCAGCACAGAGCCUGAUGUGAGACUUGAACCCACAAAUUGCGAGAUCAUGACCUGAGCCGAAGUCGGACACUUAACUGUUGGAACCACCCAGGCACUCCUGGCUAUCUGCUUCUGAAAGAUAUGGCUGGUGUCAUCAGAGGGGCUCUGAGACUAACAGCCUAGGAUCAAAUUCACAUCCCCAAAUUCUGACCAUUUCUCAUCACUGGACCCUUGAUGGUCUGGGAAACCCAGGAUGUCAUAGUUAGGGGUUAAGGAACAGGGGCUGUCUUUAUAUUCCCUUCUUAUGAGACCCUGAUGUAUGAAAUGUUCUUUGCUGGUUUCAGGUGGCUGGAGUCUGAUGAAGUCAGAGAUCCCUAGUGUAUACUCUCACCAAUGCACACACUUACUCCUCGGUGCUCUCAUCCACAGAUAUUUUAGCGAGCACUCUGAGUACCAGGCACUAUCAGGUGCCGAGGACACAAGGACGGAUUGGUCACUCUCUGUCCCCUUGGAGUUCAUACUUAACCAACCUCUGCCUUCAGUCCCUCUGCUGCAGGCAAUGAAUGACGCAGCCCAUCUCUUUAUGUGCUUGAGUUUGGCUUGGCUGGGUGACACAGAGGCUAGACAGCUAGAAGCAAAGACAAAAUCAUACCUCAGGGACUGUUGAGUGACGCACAACCAGAAAUGGGUCACUGCUGCAGCACUCCCAUCCUGCUGGCCCCAAUGGUCUUAGAAGUUAGAUGGGACUGUUAUGUCUCCACUAUUGCCAGAAUGAUCUCUCCUCUCCCUGCCGUUUUGUGUGAUUCACUCCAGCUUCAGAGCCCUAGAUGGGGUCUCUGAUCCCAAGUCCCACGUCCUUGCCCUGGCUGCCACAGAGGCGGGAGAAAGGAGAAUCUGGCCUUCUGUAUGGGACACCAACUCUGUCUCUGCAAGACUCACGUGGUAGGAACUCCCCAAAUGCAGUAAGAUGGUUCCAAUGACUAACGCCCCCUACGUUAAUAACAUACUUAGAUGAGUUUGUACUUAAUCACAACAACACCAACACACAAGAGAAGAGAAGAGGCACCCAUAUUUACAAGAUGUAUUAUCUAGUCUCAUCUCUGGCAGGGUCCGCAAAAUUUUUUGGAAAAGGGCCAGAUAGUAAAUGUUUGGGCUUUGUGUCUCUGUUGUAGCUAUUCGGCCCUGCUCUUGUAGCACAAAAGCAGCUGUGGCAAUAUGUAAACGAAUGAAUGUGGCUGUGUUCCAAUAAAACAUUUUUUAUGGACACAA